GGACCUACGUUUGGACCCAUUGUUGUCCUCAUGUACAGGGUUCCAUUUUUUGACCAAACAAACUGAAACCCGACUCGGACUUUGGCAUAUGUAUUAAAGGUCGUCGCCCCCCACUGGUGAACUUUCCCGUCAACAAUCACUGACCAGGUUCUACGUUAUUCUCACUGAACACGCUCUAACCUAAUGAGCAACCGUAUACCCAACUAGGCUCCCAAAACUCAGCUUGCUUAUCCUGUUGGCGGCCAUGAACGAGCUUUCUGAUGCACGAGCUGAGUUGGCUCGCCUGCAACACAGGGAAUUGGAGCUCCUCCAAGAGUUCUUUGAUGUCCGCAAAGCUGUAGCAGCUCAGAAAACUGUGAUCGACGAGCUGAUCAAAGCAAGUUGUGUCCCGUACAUCGAUCGCCUUCCAAACGAGUUGCUAGUACAGAUAUUCCUCCUCACCAAUGAAAGGGAAUGUUUGGCUAGUGUCUCGCGCCGUUGGAGAGCCGUAAUCGUAUACACUCCUAGAAUUUGGUGCGAGAUCAACUUGGACACCUACUCAUCAUUGCCGAACUUGUCGAAGUUGGAGUCGGACCUGAAAAGAAGUCGUCAAGUCCCUCUUACCAUCUCACUUAGUUACUUCCGGUCACUAGAAGUUCUUUUUCCUCACGUGGACCGCAUCCAUUCCCUUCAGAUCUCCGGUGAUGCCCUGAGCAUUCUCGGUGAACCUGAACACCUGACAUUUCCCUCUCUCAAUGUCCCGCCAACGAUGUACCCAUGCUUCCCUGCCCUGAAGUGUCUACACCUACAGGGAUUCGGUGGCCCUUCCUAUGGUACCUUACCUGGCGCCUCUUCGGGAUUAAUAUCUAUUGCUGCUGAAUCGUUGACGGAGCUGUCACUCAGUGGUGCUACCCCGGACUGGGUGUUCCACCUAGACAGUAUCCACUUUCCCGUUCUUCAGUCUCUCACGCUUCGAACCAGUGAUCCGAUCUCGUUCUUGGAAGCUAUUGUGGCGCCAAAUCUCAAACGCUUUGAAUUUACUGCGGUCUGUAGCAGAUAUCUCAGUUGCAAAACAUUUAAUGGACCUACAUCGAAAUUCGAGAAUGUCCACUACCUUGUUUUUGUUCUGGCCCGUGAACCGAUUGUCGAUGGUGUUGCAUUGAAACUAGUAGAGGAAUUUUGCCGGGUAUUUCGUGGCGUGCGUCAUGCAAGCAUUACUAUGGCCUGCCUGGAUCCACUGUUUUCCCCUUGCAGGGCGGUGGGCCGUCCAGAUGACCUCCAUAGCCCUAUCGACAACUGGCUGCACCUCAAAAGCCUCGAAAUACGAGAUUUCACUUCCAUUCGAGCAGAAUCUUUCCAAAAUUUUAUGGAUUGGUUCAUAGCAAACUCUUUCGAAUAUUUUAUGGAUUGGGUCACGAAGCGCAAGAACUUGGAGCACCGAAGGUUGCAUGUGAAACUGAUAUAUGUUAACACCGGCACCGACUAUCUGAUAGUCCGGAGGACUUUCAACGCCUCGAAUUCCAGGCUCCAUCAAACAUUGCAGGAAUGCUGUGCAUCAGUGGAGUAUCGCACUGCAGCGUCUUCUCAGAUUUAUCUCUCUACGUCACCAUAUUCGCGGCCAUUGCCUUUCCCUUCCACCCACUGGCACGGAUGUGUCCUGCUAAAAGAAUGGAUGUGAUACACGCCUGGCUCCUCAUUCCUGUGCUAUACUUGGUGUUAUUGAGUUAGUUCCUGCUGAGAUGGAUUUCGGAUUCUGAGUGAUUGCGUCUGUUAUUAGGUAGCCAUGUUGUAAGUCACGAUAGACAUGUUGACUUCCUUCGAGGUAUAGGGUGCCAAUUUAGUUAAAAGUUGAGCACCGUCAGUGAUGCGGGGGCAAAAUCAAUUGUGGUAUACUGAUGUAUUAAUAGUAUCUUUG